GGGUUUUUCACUGUGAUGGGUAAAGAUAGGUUUUGGGUUCUUUAGUCAAAUUUUGAUGGUUGGAGUUGGCGAUGGAUUAAGGUCUGGUUAGGUUUGUGGUGGAAUGUCAUGGAAGGCGCCAUUUUUGCAAUUUGAGAGUGCUGGGGUUCAAAUUUCGCAGCAUUUCAUUGGGUUCCAUCCAAACCGAUUUGUAUUUUGAUUUGUCUGAAUGGCACUAUUGUUGACAAAAGAACGAUUACUGCAUUCCCAUUUCAUGAAAAUCUGUUCUUCUGCUUUAAGAACAAUUUCUGGCAGUCUCUUUGUCCCCAGCAACGAAAUUUUCAGAAGGGCAUCUCAAGUAUCAGAUCCGAGCCGUAAACAGUAUCAUAAUCCACUCCGCCAAAAUUUUCCCACUUGUAUUCCGCCAGGAAAGUUAUCUCGGGAAGGUUCUUCUUGUGGGGUUUUGCUGAGAAAGCUAGAAAUUGCUCUGAAGGAUCAUCAAGUGGAUGAAGCAUGGGAAGUUUUUAAUGACUAUAAGAGCUUGUAUGGUUUCCCUAAUCGCCCCCUUGUGGGUCGGUUGAUCACUGAAUUGUCCUAUUCAUCGAAUCAUCAAUGGCUUCGGAAGGCAAGUGAUUUAGUUUUUUUUAUUUCAAAAGAGAAAAGAUCAGAUUUGCUUCAGCUUGAUUUUCUAACUAAGCUCUUUCUCUCCUUAGCUAGGGCUCAAAUGCCUAUUCCUGCAACUAGGAUUCUCUGGUUGAUGCUGGAGAAGCACUGUUUACCCCCUGUGAGUGUAUUGUCUUUAGCUGUUCUACAUAUGGUAAAGACAGAGAUUGGGUCACAUCUUGUGUCCAAUUUCUUGGUUGAGACUUGUAAUAGUUUUCAAUGCCCUGGUGCGGAGAAAUCUAAUCCUGCCAAACUGGUGAAACUAGAUACUAUGAUCUUUAAUCUUGUUCUUGAUGCUUGUGUGAGGUUUGGAUUAUCUUUCAAGGGCCAGCAGAUCAUAGAAUUGAUGGCACAAGAAAGGGUUGUUGCCGAUGCACACUCUAUUGUUAUUAUUGCCCAGAUUCAUGAGAUGAAUGGUCUAAGGGAUGAGGUGAAGAAAUUUAAGGAUCAUAUUGAUCGAGUUUCUGUCCCUUUUGUUCGUCACUAUCGACAAUUCUAUGAUAGCCUGCUGAGCUUGCACUUUAAGUUCAAUGAUGUUGAUGCUGCUUCGGGGCUUGUGUUGGAUCUGUAUAGAUGCCGGGAACCUCUUCCUGUUCAAAAUGAUAGGAAGGACUCCUGUAAGCCUUGCUUUGUUCCCAUUGGGUCACAAUAUCUGAGGGAAGGAUUGAAAAUAGAGAUUGCAGCUGAGUUGCUGCAGAAGGAUUCUGUCCUCAAUGUGAAAAGCAAACAAGAGCUUAUUAUGUUUAAAAAUGGAAAAUUUGUACUAACCAAUAGGGCACUGGCCAAGUUCAUCAAUAUGUACAAGAGUAGUAGGAGGAUUAGUGAGCUGUCAAAGCUUAUCCUUGCUAUUCAGAAGGCAUUAUACUCAUUAGAGGAAGCCAGUUUAUGCUCUGAUGUGAUCAAUGCUUGUAUUUGUUUGGGUUGGUUGGAGACUGCUCAUGACAUUUUGGAUGACAUGGAAUCAGAAAGGGCCUUCAUGGGUUACACUACGUAUAUGUCACUCUUAAAAGCCUACUGCAGGGCUAAGAUGUUUAGGCAAGCAAAGGCACUGCUAAAACAAAUGAGAAAGGUUGGCUUUGUCAUUAAUCUGUCUGAUGAGAUGGUCAUCUCCACUUGUCUGUCAGAAGUACUAGAUAAAGGUAUCCCAUGUGUAAAAGCAUCAGCUUCCAAAGGAAAACUAGAAUUGGCUGAGUUUGUGCUCUUGGAAGUGCAAGAGGAGCAUAGAAAGAUGCCUCCUGUAGUUUAUGAGUUGAAUUCUUCUAUUUACUUCUUUUGCAAGGCCAGAAUGAUAGAGGAUGCUUUAAAGACGUAUCGAAGAAUGCAAGAUGCAAAAAUUCAACCCACAGUACAAACUUUUGCUAAUCUGGUAUAUGGGUAUUCUUCCUGGAAAAUGUAUCGUGAAAUCACGAUUUUAUGGGGGGACAUUAAAAGGAAUCUACAGAGUGGUACUUCAGUUGUAAACAGAGAUCUGUAUGAGUUCUUGUUAUUGAAUUUCCUUCGAGGAGGUUAUUUUGAGAGAGUGAUGGAGAUCAUUGAUUACAUGCAUGAGCGUAGUAUGUACCCAGACAAGUGUAAGUAUAAAAAUGAAUUUCUAAAGUUUCAUAAGGAUCUUUACAGGAACUUAAAAGCAAUAAAGGCUAGAACUGAGGCCCAAGGCAAGAGGAUUGAGCAUGUUAAGGCAUUCAGGAAAUGGGUUGGCAUUGGUUGAAGGUUUCCGGGAAAUUUUCGUGUAGAAGGAGGCAGGUUUAUUUUUUAAGCAUGGUUCUGUGCCUUUGGUUCAGUAUUCAAAUGUUAUCUUGUAUAUAGGCAGAACAAUUUUAGUGGAAUUAACUUGACUUGGAGGCAAAGCAAGUAGAAUGCAUGUUAAGGUUGGGAUCAAACUCGUCAUCUCUCCCAUAGCCACAGAUAACGGUGUGAAAAUUGGAUGUGACUUCUUAGACACUUGGACUUUCUCAGAUCCACCUCCAUUGUUGUGGAUUGUUGGUUUUUUAUAUGAAUUUGAUGUCAGGAUGAUAUUCAAAACCUACAUGUGGUUUGCAGCUGAACUCCCAUCAUUUCCAGCCAUUGAUCAGUGCUAAAAUUGGAACGUUAGUCUUGUGUGAUCAUGUAGUUUUUGGUGGAGACAUGGUUUGCUGCUCCAGUUGGAGGUGCAGGGACGUUCACUUUAUUUACCAAUGAAAAAUGAUGGUGGGUAACAUGGUAGCAUCCGUGUCUAUCUAUGUGGGAUAGCUGAUGCAAACUCCAUGAAAUAUUUCUUUGUAUUGUAGCUUCCGAGUUCCGAAUCAAUAUGCUUGUUAUACUUCAAGUCAGAAAGGAUUGGAUAACCAUUGAAGUGAAGAUAUACUGAUACAAUCAUUCCUAUUAUUAUUGGAUGUAGGCAUGUGUGCUGUCUACUCAACCUGAUCUUUCCGCUUUCUUUGUGGGAGGACUGCCACAUUUGGGAUGAUGGACUUGUUUGCACAAAGAGUCUAAGAACCAAAGAUGUGAAACAGAGAGUCAAAAUGAAGGACUACUGAGCAAGUUGUUCUUUCACUCUCGGUGUUACUAGAGGGAUCGGACUGCAUUGUUAUCUGUUCAGUUGCACUAAGUGGAUCAACUAAAUUCAAGAUUUUGAUUUUCUAUACUAUUUUAUCUAUACUAGUCUAAGCUUUUACCAAUUCUUUUAUUUGAUUAUAGAUCAUAAUAUCUUGAAUUUUCUUUUAUCUCAUUUUCUCUUGUGUUCUCAAUCUUGGUAUCUAUGUUAGGCUUGAAUUUUGGACUUCUCUUAUCCCCAUUUCAUUAACUCU